AUGCGAAUUGUGAAGGCCUCCCUGUGGGGGCAGCUCCUCAUCUGGUGCAUAUCCACGUCGGUGGAAGCAUUCACACACACAUGUGAUUUCAAUGAUGAGUUAGUCCUCGAUUUUGAUGAUCAGCAAAUGACGAAUAGAGAAAGAAUAUGUUCUCUAAAACCAGACGUGUUCGACAAAGUAGUAAUAAAAUGUGGAUCCGAAAAAAAUAAAUAUGAGUUAUUGCCAAAUAACUGUUUUGAACAAGUGUACACAUCCAAGUCGAUAAAAAACACACAGAACUUGGUGCAGUAUCUUCACGGAGUCGCAGCCAUUGUGAAGAGGAAACAGAACAAAUACAACUCAAGAGAUAAAAGAAAUUACGAUGAUGUAUCCUUUCGUGUGGCACCAAAUAUGGACAGUGAAAAAAAGGCAAUUUACUGCAUAUGCCAAAAUAAAGCAAAAAUAAGAGUCAAAAAAAAAAGUGGACUUAUAUACGAUAAAGAUAUCUUUAACACAGGAAUUGUAGAAGUUGUAAUUCCUACUCUUCCACAAAGAAUUGAUGGAUGUGAUUUCACUCAAAAUACAUCUACCCUAUUCACGAAAGGGUAUGAUGUGAAUUUUUACAAAAAUAUUGAAAACGAAGACGAUGUCAUUUGUAAAGUUAGAGCUACGGAAGGGAAAUUCAUUGGCUUUAAGUGCCCAUCUAAUUAUUCCAUCAAGCCUGAGGAAUGUUUUCUACAAGGAUUUAACCUGAGUGGCAAGAAAGAACAACUUCAAUCCAAGGUUAACCUUACAGAUUUAGUGAUGGAUCAUUACAACAAAGUCUUCUAUGCUCGUGUUCCAGAAAGGAUAUACCAAAGUAUGAACUUCUUUUGUACAUGUGUUUUAGAGGAAAAGAGAUUGGUUGCCCAUUUUGAGUUUAUCGCUACUUCCAGUGACGGAAUUAGUAUGAGUGAAGCGGGUGGGAUGAACGUUUUGCAGGGUCGCAGUGGUGCAACAGUAGCCACAGGAAGGGGGGUUUUCCUCUUCCUUUUACUCUCAGGAGUCCUUUACUUUUUAUUGUAG